AGACAAAAUCGGCUAAUGGUUGGAUAGCUUAGGGUAAUAUUGACUAAUAAAAAAAGAAUAAGGUAGAAUUGACAACGCAUGUAAAGGUUAGGAUAGAUUAGCCAAUUUCUUUCAAGUCUUUUGUGUUCCUUUCCACUUGCCUACCAACUUUUACUUAUCCUACAUAUCCUACAUACGUUCAUAAUUUGUGCUAUAUUCAUAAUAUCCUGCUCCAAGCCUUGAUACCAAUUUGGUACCUUCUCCUUCCUUUUCAGCAUCCCAUCCCAAACACUCGACCAGCUUUCCCGUCCUUUGAACAACUCUUUCCUUCUGCGUCGUUGCACACCACUGCCAGGCGUGCCCUCCCAGAAGAAUUUAUGAAUGAACCAUCCACCUCUAUGUUGAUUAUAGCACCUCCUAACAUCGCUUGUACACUAUCCUGAAACAUUCCCUUCGACCAGACCUUCACGUUCACCCUUCAUUCCCUCACCUCAACCUGGCCUGACACUAAACUAGCCCUCCUAAAUAUCUCCUCCGCAGAAUUCCUAAUUCCUAUGGCUUUAGUGUUUUCUCCAGGCUCCGUUCCCCUCCCCCGAGAGUUUCUUGUUUCUUGAUACCCAUAUUGGCCAUAGAAUAUAGCAACUCAAUUCCAUAUCUUCUUUGAAGACUCCUCCAUCCACCGCUUAAACCAAACCUUAAAAAGAAGAAAUCAAAACCCAGUGGCGACAUUCUCCAUACUAAUUGUGCUUGUAAACACUCAAUAGCAUAUGCUCAGUCGUUUCAUUUUCUACCCCACACUGAAGACAUAUGGGGGGAACUAAAUGCCCUCUCUUCCACAGACCCACAGCUGUUGGACAGGCCUCAGAAAGUACUCUCCAUAUAAUGAAGAUCUGAUUUCCACUCUUUCGACAUAGGGGGCGCUAAAUCACUCUACUGGCUUGAUUAAUAUGAAUAGCCUAAAAUCGAGAGGAAAAACUCCAACUCAAAAUUGCAUACAGAGAUAUACCAUCUCUUCCAACCACUUGAAGAAAAAUUGCUGCCCCAUUGUCCAGGCCAAGUUGCACUAACCUAAUAAAUGAAAUGCUAUGAUGAAUCCACAAGUUCGUUCAAACCAUCCAGAAACCCUUCCUCACUUCAAAGCAUCUUCUUAACCAUCCUCAGAAAACUAUUUUAAUGUCUUCAACUGUUCAUCUAUUUUGUUUUCCUCACAACUAUUCAUCAUCGAUACAUCUUCCAAAGCAAAUCAUCAACUAACAACGGAAAACCAAAAAAGAAAGCCUUUUAAAUAUAUUUUCCAGUGUCCAGUGGCAAUAUGAUGAAACAAAUGUUGAUAUGAAAAGAUUGAAUAUGGAGAGAAUUGCUGGGAGUAGCUACAAGGUUACAAACUUCUUUCCCAUACUGCAUAUGUAUUAUGUAGUGUAUAUCUCAUGAUCAGGGAAUAUUAUGUUGCAUAAUACUCAUGAUUAGCAGACAAACACACAAGUACAGACUUGUGCACCACUAAGGACAUUGAUAUAUGGUGAUUAGUGUUAGGGAAGACUAUUUUACAAGUUAAGAAGUAAAGGAGGUCCAACAUAGAUCUUUGGGACCUGAUUAAUGAUCAUACCUUGUCCUUUUGGCAUUUCAUAUUCUUAUUUGCACUUUCCAGUUAUCAGAAGUCAGUCAAUGAACGCUGCGCCAUGCAAACAUAAGAUUUUUUCUUUAAAAAAUAAAACACACAAAAACUUGCAUGGCAAAGGAUACAACCUCUAGCUUCCCCCAUAUAGGACUAACUAAAAACUGACAAAACACAAUUUAGGUUGGGAGUUCAUCUGAUUUAAUUGAACAAACCUUUUCUCUAAGAAGUUCAGCAUGAAGUCUUUUGCUAUAUCAAGGUAACCAAGGUAACCUUCUGCCGCAUGACAUGCUCAUACACUUGAGGUCUUAAAUAAAAAUGAAACAGAAAGGCCUUGAUGAAGGUCAAAGAGGACAGCACAUCCUCUACCAUUCUGGAUUAUAAAUAAUUAUGAAAUACAAAUCAGGGUGAUAAGAUAGGAUAUGAUUUUUUAUUUUAUUUUUCCAUUUUAAGAGCAUAUAUAGCCUUCUUUUCAGGUAAUCACACAGCAUCUAGAAAACAGAAAAAAAGCCAGAUACAAUGACUCAAUAAUUUCAGAAUUUGAUUAGAAAAUUCAGUUACAGCAUCAUUAAUUUGUUUUCAUCUAAAACCACCCAUAUUUAUUUUCUAUACUGUCGUGGUAAGAAAAGGCUUCCGUAAUAACCAAUCCCGUGAAGAAUAAGACGAUAGAUCAUUUGAUGUACUUUCAGUCAAAAGCAAAACCUCAACACCAUUUCACCCAAAAAUCACUCCAACAUUUCGAGAAGUCGCAUAAAUCACGGAAUACUAAAUCAAAACACAUUUGAGAGAAUACAGUUCAACGAAUUCAUAUGGGCAGUAAAUAAACAGGAAAAAGAAGAGAUUUAGGUAUCUAAAUAAUAAAAUGCAUGCAACAAUCCCCUGAUUGCAAUAUACUUACAAGUGAGACAUUGGUUACAAAUGGAGUCAAGAACCAGGGAAUUAAAACAAAAGCCUGACUAGGGGUUGCAUUAUUAACUUGGUAAGCUAAUUACUUAGACCAUGACAUCAUUUUUGCUUCUUUGAGCUGAUUCCCCAGCUUUGUGCCAAUUAACAAACAUCAGAAAUUCAAGGAAUGUAUCCCCUCCGUAUACUUAGUCUUUGAAUGAGUGAAAGAUCAUUUUCUAGGAUAUUACCCUCCCAAGAAAGACAAGCAAACAUGCCUAAUACUGCAGAGGACUGUGCUAACAAGAAAUAAGGAGCCUAACCAGAGAAUCAUCAAGUCAUAAAAGAGAUAAACAGAUGACAAAAAAAUAUAUUGAGAGAAUACUAAUUAGGCAUCUAAACACCCCUAAACACACUGAUGUGUAUGUUGUAAGACUGCAGCCACAAUCCACUAACUAAUAGCAUCAGCGAAAUCAUCUCAAACAAAAAGUUUACUAACACCUGAAAAUAUUUAAACCAACAUAUUACAAAAGCAGAUAACAAAUGGGAAAACAUUAAUAAGUUAGGAUAGAAACCACAAAGAAAAUCUUUUUACCCUCACAAGAAAAAGGGGAGAAAUAGUAGCAUGAACUAUUCAAAUCACAAUUCACAAAAGGAUAAUAAAGAUGCAUACAUCUAGCACAGAUGAGUAGAAUCUAUAGAUGUGAUGGAUAAGAGAUAAGGCUAAGAUCGAUAUCAACUGGAGAUUCAGGUCAUAAAACUGCCAUGGUGGCAAGUCAUCAUUCCCAUGUAUGAAAAAAAUCAAAAAUGCGUGUCAAAUUCUACGAUCAAAGCUAAUUCAUUUGCUCACCAGAAGCCUCUCAUUUUUUUUCCCUUUUAACCAUUUCCGGUAAGUAAAACAACAUCAUCAUUAUCAUCAUCAUCAACAACAGAAGCAUCCUCAUAUAAGGAACAAGAAGAAGAAAUAACACGAGGAAAGCCCUAAGAGAAAAAUUCCAUGGUACAACAACUUCCAUGUCCAAAUGGUUUCAAGGGUUGUUGGUUUUCGUAGGAAACUUACAUAGACAUCACGGGCUAAAACAGAGAGGGGCAACCACCCUAAAAGGAAUCCCAUCUCCCCGGUUUGCCUCAUUCUUCAGAGAGCUCACAUUUUGGAGGUUUACCAAAUCAUCGAUAAUUAGACAAGCAAGUCUAGUAAUGAUCUCCUCACUCAAAGAUGAAAAAAAUGAAACACAUAGAGAGGGGAUUUCAGCCCUCAACAAAGUUUUAUUAUAUCUCUGCUGCCUCUCCAAUGGUUUCUUGUUUUAUGAGAAGAUAGAUCUGGCUUUAGAAAUCAGACAAAUUCUUAUUAACCCAUGAAAACAAGAAGCGGCAGCCUCUAAACAAAAUAAAAGCAAGACACGCCACGUUUUGUUGAGAAACUGUUCAAACAAGAAAUCAAGAGAACAACCUAAAAUUUAACGAAGCUACAAAAACAGAGUGACAGAUGAAAGAAAACCAUUAACAAUGGACAAUGCAAGAGGGGAAAUCAGAUAACUGUGUCCAUACACCUCCAAAUAAACCGUAUUGCUAGAAUGCAGCUGGAAUCCUCCACCAAAUAGCAGCUGCAAAAUCAUCUCGAACAAGAAAAUCAACUAAAGGCAUGAAAAUCUUUAGAAAGCCACAUGAUACGAAGCAGAGAGGAUAUGGAUAAAAAUCAUGAAAAGCCUGUUUAGAUGACAGAGCCAAAGACUAUUCUUUGUCACAAAAGGUAUACAGAGAAAUCAAAUUUUACAAAAAAGAUCAUAAAGCUAUGAUAGAUAUGGCUCAGAUCGUAAAAGACUGGACAUUGAGGUCGUAACACCGCCAUGGCUGCAAAUCACCAGUUGCAGGUAUGAAAGAAACCCAAAAUGCAACCUGGGCUGCCAUGCCAAGGUGCGGGUCAAUUUCUACCAUCAAUGCCUAAUUCAGUUGCUCUCCAGAAAUUAUCAUCACAGCCUCUCAUUUUUCUCCUCUUCGACCGUUCCCAGUAAAUUAACAAUAAUAAAAACAUCAUCACUAUCAUAACAACAACAACAACAAAAGCAAAAGAAGCAUCAUCAUCAUCAUUAAUUCAUCAUCGUCAUCAUCAUCGUCAUCGUCACAAAGAAAAAAGCAAGAAGAAAGAAAGAACACACUGAAAUCCCUAAUCGGAAAAUUUCCAAGGUUCAAUUGGCUUCCAUGACGAAAACAAGGGCUGUUGGUUUUCGUGAAGGAAACUCCACAGAAAUCAUAGGCCUAAAACAGAGAGGGGCAACCACCCUUAAAUAAAUCCCUUUCUCUCCGUUUGCCUCAUUCUUCAGAGAGCUCACAUUUGGAGGUUAUUCAGAGGUCCGGAACUGAUCACACUGCCAUGAGUGGGGCGAAGAGAAAACGGACACCGCCAUGGCUGCAAAAUCCCAUGGAAAUGCAAGUGAGAAAGACACCAGUUUUGGGAGUAUUUCUCACUGGAGUGCAUUCCGGGUUGCCCUACCAAAAUGUGGGUCCAUUUAGCAACCCGCCAGAUUCCACAACUCAAGAAAGAAAGGGGAUCGAGUUUUGUGGAAAGAAUAGGGAUACAGCUGAUGAAUGGGUUGUGUGCAGAGUAUUUCACAAGAACACUGGCAUAAAUAAUAGAAGAAGCCCUUUGAGAGAUCUUGCGAGGGCUGAUUCUUUUUUGGAUCAUUUUCUCAAUGAUGAUGAUCCUUCACUACCACCAUUGAUGGAUAAUGAAAUCCCUUGUUGCAGUACUGAUAAAGCUUGCUCCAUUUUUCCUCGUGAUGAUGAAGAAGAAUUGAAAGUUGCUGGCUUGGAAAGUUCUUCAGGAAAGUUGUUCAUGCCAGCUUAUUACAAUUAUGCUAACAAAAAUUCCAUGGAAGCCAGUUCCAGUAGUACUACUUGCCAAAACUCCAAUCUUUACUACUGCCAUCCUCCAUCCUUGAACCCGAUUAGUACGACAAAUAUUCGUGAUGAUAAUUACUGCAGUGAAAAACGCCAUCAGAAUUCAUGCUUCAAAGUUACUUCUCCUCCUCCUGGUUAUAAUUAUCAGCAAGCAAACUCCAGCAAUGUUUCAGCUGCAAUUCAGGGCGUUCUCCAAAGCAACAGGAAAUACUGCAAAAUGGAACCAUUUUAUUCCUCUAAUAUUAAUAAUAAUAACUCGAUGCUUAGUCCAUCGCAAGAUACAGGAAUUAGCUAUGAUUUGGCGCCAGAGAUAUCAUCCAUUCAUCAAAACAACAAAAGCUAUCGUGAAGAUCUCCCAGGCGUUUCAGUGGAUCCUAGUAUGUCUGACUUGGAUUCGUUGUGGGAAUACUACUAA